GAAAAAUACCUUUUUUGCAGACGAAACACUGAAACAAGCACUUCGGAAGAUGACAACAAUAUACAACCUAGUGCGAGUGAUUCUGACGCACCUAGAUCAAAUCGAACUAAAAACAAAAGACAGAAAUUAAGUAUAAGUUCAUCUGAUGAAGAAGAAGCAAAGCGGCUGAAAAAACUGACUGAAGCAGGUCGGCCGCUAAGGAGGGCAGCGGCGAGAGUGGGCGCACGUUUAAUUGAAGUUGAUGAUGAGUUUGAAAAUGAGGAUGAUUAUGUAGCUGAACAUGAAACAAAGACUGAGGAUGAUAAAAUAGAAGAUCGCAAUGACAAAAAUGCUUUUGUAGAUAAGCCUAGUCUUCCAUCUACUAGUGCUUUAGAAAACAAGAUAGACCGAUCAUCAAAUGAUGAUUUUGAUGACGCUGAUGAAUUUAUGCCUAAUGAAAUAGAGGAAGUAGAAGCAGAUGAAGAAGAGGAGGAAGCAGAAGUCGAACUUGAAAAUGAGGCUGUAGACGAUGACGAGGAAGAUGUAGAAGAUGAAUCUAGCGAUGAAAGCAGCAGUAAAAGUUCGGGUGAUGACGGAGAAGAAAAUUCUGCGAAUAAAACAUCAAAUGUUGAAAGGACAAUUAUUAAAAAUAAAUUACCAUCACCAAUUAUGAAAGUAAAGAAAAAAUUACCUCCACCACGAAAAGCAUCAAAAAAUAAGAAGAGAGCACCAACUAAAAUUAAAAAAGCUGGCCGUGGACGAGGAAGAAAGCAAACGACUAAAUUAGAGAACUCAAACAGCAAACCAGGCAUUGAAAAGAUAAAUUCUUUGCAACGGAAGAGGUCAACGUCACUUGCUAAAGAACCUGUUGUUAAAGGUACAACGCCACAAAAGCUUACUGAAACGAAUAUCUCAGCAGCUAGCAACAAGUCUCCAUCUCAGCAAUCACUAUCACCUCAGACGACAAGGCAGCGACGAAAUCCUUCCACCCUCUUAAAGAACAAAAUUGUUCAAGCUGAAACGAUUUCUAAACAACAGAAGAUACAAGAAUUACCAACAGUAUCUUCAAACGAUAAUGCAAAUAUUCAAAAACAACAGAAAAGUUUACCUCCCAAACCAGGAAAAAUUGAGAUACCUUUAGCAUUAACUAUUUCUGAACCAUCAAAAGAGCAAAAGACGGAAGUGAGGAUACCAGUGAAAACUCCUUCCAAUGAGAAUAUCACUGUUGAAAAUGAAAAAUCUCUAAAAAAGAUUGCACCCAUUAAUUCAAAUAUUAAUGAGCAAACUAUAGAAAAGACAAUUGCCCCGCCGAGGAAUGUUGAAAUGAGCAUUAAAGCAAAGUUGGAAGCUCUUGUGAAAGAAAAGAUACAACCUAAAAUUGAAAAGACAGUGACAUCUGCAAACUACUCAAUAAAUCCGUCUCAAACAGCUACUUCAACAACAACUUUAAACAUACCAUUAUCAUCAUCAAAGAUGUCUACAACUAUUUUUCAACCUGUCGAUCCGCAACAACUUUCACAAUAUAUCAAUAACACACCGCCGCCACCACCAGUUACAAAUCAAAAACAAGUUGUCUCUACAUCGUCUAGAAGUGUUGUGUCUUCUUCAAUUGCUGUACAGCCAACAAUAUUGGCUCCUGCCACACGUAUUGUCUUACAGCAAAGACCAAUGGUUCAUUCAACUACUUUUGCAUCCUUUCAGAAUAAUACACCGCCAAUUGUGAGUGGUCCUCAAGUUGCCAUUAUGCCAACAGUUUUGCCACCACCAAUGACAGUAGGAUUACCUCAAGGUUGCGUACCACACUUUGUUCCCCAACCACCGGCCACAUACUUUAUGCAACAAGGAGCGCCUCCACAAAUUAUUUAUCAGACUUUACAGCCAUAUGGCUCUGCUCUUCCACCACAUGCAGCAUUCCCCGGUCAUCCUAUGCAAGUACAACAAUCUCAUCAAGCAGGCGGAAUUGUGGACCAAGAAAGUUUGUCACAUGCUUUGGCUGGUGCAAUGAAUCCUGAAGACCUUUAA